UGUCCUAUCCCCAAAAUUGUUUUUGAUCUGUUCCUUUUUAUUCGUUUUAGGGUUUCUAGCUCUUGUCUAUUUUUCUUUUCCCAAUUUCCCCCAAAUUAAAGAGAUUUAUAAAUUUCAGUCUCCCCAAAUCCGAACCCAAAGUGAAAUUUCUCUCUUGUAGCUCCUUUUUGUUUCCUGCUUUCCUUCAAGCAUUCGUCCCAGAUUUUGAUUUUCACCGGAAUACUCACCUUCGCCGGCGAUUGUGAGGCUAAUUUAUACUCCGGCGACAUCAUCUGUGGUUAAGAAAAAUGGAGGGAAUCACUCAUCCGAUUCCUCGGACUGUCGAAGAGGUCUUUAGCGACUUCAGAGGUCGACGGGCUGGUCUGAUUAAGGCUCUCACCAACGAUAUGGUGAAGUUUUACCAAACGUGCGAUCCUGAGAAGGAGAACUUGUGCCUCUAUGGACUUCCGAAUGAAACAUGGGAGGUUAAUCUUCCCGUCGAGGAAGUUCCUCCUGAGCUUCCUGAACCAGCUUUAGGCAUCAACUUCGCAAGAGACGGAAUGCAAGAAAAGGACUGGGUAUCUUUGGUCGCAGUUCACAGCGACUCGUGGCUGCUCUCUGUUGCAUUUUACUUUGGUGCACGUUUUGGGUUUGGUAAGAAUGAGAGGAAGAGGCUCUUCCAGAUGAUUAACGAGCUCCCAACAAUUUUCGAGGUUGUGACCGGCAAUGCAAAGCAAUCCAAGGAUCUCUCUGCUAACAACAACAAUAGCAAAAGCAAAUCUAGCGGCAUCAAGUCUCGCCAAUCUGAAUCUCUCACAAAGGUUUCGAAGAUGUCAUCCCCACCGCCAAAAGAAGAUGAUGAAAGUGAAGACGAGGAAGAAGACGAUGAACAAGGUGCAGUUUGUGGUGCUUGUGGAGAUAGUUACGGUACUGAUGAGUUCUGGAUUUGCUGUGACGCCUGCGAGAAAUGGUUCCAUGGAAAAUGUGUGAAGAUAACACCAGCAAAAGCAGAACACAUCAAGCAGUACAAAUGCCCAAGUUGCAGUAACAAGAGAGCUAGACCUUGAAGUUAAAUAACAACCGGAAGAAAAGAAAAGGUAAGAGAGUUAGGAGGAAACUGUGAAAGAAGGAGAAGAAGUUCCCACAAAAAAAAAAAAGCCAGAAAAAGGGUAUUAGAAGAUGUAAGAAGGUAAAAAAAAAUACUCUUUUUUUUAAUUGCUUAGUCUUUAUUAUGGAUCGAGACUAUUUACAAUUGGUGAUGUCUUUCUUUUUUUUGGAUUUUUUUUGUUGUUGUUGGUGUCAAUGCUACUACUAAUUUGCUUAUUUGAGAUUAUCUUAGUAAUUUUCCGUCUA